GAACGGGGCGAUAAGGUAUCGCGUCGCGUGUAGAUAAUGCAUCACGAGGAAUGCGUACGAUCGCUAGAGUCGUCAGUCAUCACAAUGAAGUCAUUGGCGGUGGUUUGUCUCUUGAUCGGAGUGAUCGUUCCGGCGAUUUUCAGCGGAACAGUGCGUCCCUUCAGACCGCGCAAAGGCAAUGCGAUCAGCAAGAAGGGCUGCGAUCUAGAUGACGCCGCAUGUCUGUUUCCAAUGAGGGAUUACGGAGCCAUGGUAACACCUUUGACGCCUACUAUGGUUCCGUUGGUUCGUACAAGUAUAGUGCCACCGAUCGAAGAUACUACGAGAAAGCGAUCCAAAAGUAGGACCAAAUAUCGGAAACAGCGGGUUCAGGUUGCUAGCGCGCCAAAUCAAGACGUAUGAAGCAUUUUUGCGAUAUUUGUAGACACUAUCUUUAGCAGUUUGUAAAAUAAAUUAGAUUCAGAUUAUUUGUACAG